AUGAGCCCAGUUCCUGGUUGUGCAAAUUAGAGCGUAAUGGGCAGUGACGGGGCGAGGAAUUGGCCAAUAAUGUGACAUUAUAUUAAAGAUAAGGGACUGAUUCACUAGUAACGUACAGCUAAUGGCGUCUGUAGGGUGGUUGUUACCGACUGUGUCCCUAACUCUCUGGCUUCCCUUCCUUUCGGCUUCCGUAUUUGCUUUCCGCAUUGCCAUGGUUACGGCUGUGUGACGGACUGACGAGUGUGACGCGCAACAGUGUGGGGCCGUAAAUGAUGUUCUAGUGGCCAACCCUAACCCUAAUAAAUCAUCUAGUUGUACCUAAACCCGGGAAGCACUGAAUCUGCCCAAGUGCCGGUACACUCAGCCGUUAUCCGCCAAGAAACGCCAAGUCUCGGUGAGUUCCGGAGUCCAGGCUGCUGUUGCAGGAGAUGGCCUUCAGGGGUCGCCAGAUCCCCAAGACGAGGUUCUAGGUCUGGGCUGAGUCAGUACAGCACCAUCCUCUUCUGUAGCUGAUGAGAAGCAGAGGAUUUGCAGCAGUCGGCGGAAGCAGCAGAAGAGAGAUCUGGCGAUGCUGGUGCUGAAAGUGGGAAACUAGGUUAUUUGUCCCAAUGUGAAUUCAAACAUAGAAAUAGCAGCGAUUACUGGACAUAAUGGCAAAGACUGCAGAAGUAAAAAUAGCCAUCUUGGGGAGAGCUGGUGUUGGCAAAUCCGGUUCAUAUCUUCUACUUGGACAUGAAUGGGUUAUUAAAAAAACGGCAGUCAAAUGCACCGCACAUCUUCAUCACCAGGCAUCACUGUCUCUUGUGGUGAGGUUUCUAACCAAGAGAUUCAUCUGGGAAUAUGAUCCAACUUUAGAGUCUACAUACCGGCAUCAAGCAACCAUUGACGACGACCUGGUUACCAUGGAAUUGCUGGAUACUGCUGGCCAGGAGGAUACCAUUCAGAGAGAGGGGCACGUGCGGUGGGCAGACGGAUUCGCAAUAGUCUAUGACAUUACGGAUAAAGGAAGUUUUGAUGAAGUCCUACCAUUUAAGAACCUUCUGGAUGAGAUCAAAAAGCCAAAAAAUGUCACUUUCAUUUUGGUGGGAAAUAAGGCAGACUUGGACCACUGCAGGCAAGUCAGCACCGAAGAGGGAGAGAAACUGGCGACAGAACUGGCCUGCGCCUUUUACGAGUGCUCGGCGUGCACCGGGGAGGGAAACAUCUCCGAGGCUUUUUAUGAGCUGUGCCGGGAAGUGCGGCGACGGAAAAUGGUGCAAGGAAAGACCAGAAGGAGGAGUUCCACGACGCACGUUAAACAGGCCAUUAACAAAAUGUUAACUAAAAUCAGCAGCUGAAAAGUGAACAAGGAGAGGGGAAUUCAUUUGUGUAAUUCAUGUUUGGGUUAUUUGUCUGAGCAUUCAAACACAGGACUUAUUGGUGAGAAAUACACUUAUUUUAUAUCUAUUUUGUGCCAUUGUUGCACUGGGUACCGCUUACUUAUCAUUACGUAGCUUCAGGGGCAACCUGGUCGGGCCCGCACCUUCCCCAGGUGCGAUGGGCUCCUGUUGUACCCUAGGCAGCUGCCUUUUCUGCCUAACCCUAGUCCCGGCCUUACCCUAGUCCCGGCCCUGCUUAGCUUUUUAUUCAGGCCUUUUGCUCUUCAUUUUCCACUUUCUUUCAAACCAAUGCCUGGUUGCUAGGGUAAAUUGUCCCUAGCUACAGAAAAAAAUAGAAUAAUUAAAAUGAAAACUGAAGCCCAGUUACAGUUUGAAUGUUAAUUCAAAAGUGACCUACCCCUUUAAAAUGAAAUGUUGACCAGCUGAUCAUAAAGGCUGCCAGGGCAUGGUGCAUCAGGAGUGCAGGAGAAAAGAAGGGCACACUCCCUAGUGUGGUAUAUUCACAUUCACAAGUAAUAAACAUUCACUUACAAUACUGUCCCCCCUUAGUAUAGGGACCAACCAAUUAAAUGGUAGAAAUUAAGGGUAUCCAGGUGGACACCUUAUAAGCCAGACUCAACCUGCUCCUAAAUGCACUCUAAUUAGGGUUAGGGUUAAAGAAAUUGCAGCAGGCCCAAUUACACUGGAAUGCAGGCAAUAAAUACUGCUAAAGAUAUAUAUAGACAGAUAAUGCACCCACCCCCCCCGUUUUUUGCACUUUACAUUACAUUAAUCUUAGUAGAUGACCCAUUGGUUUGUAGCCCAUCUUUACACCAGAACCCUGGUUCUAUCUAGCCUGCAAGACCGACCCUUUUAGGUUAAUCUCUCAUAUACCAUCACCAUAUCUCUUCUUUAUUACUCUUAGGGGCUGAUUUACUAAGACACGAAUUCGAAUUGGAAAAAUUCCGAUUGGAAAACGAACAUUUUGCGACUUUUUUGUAUUUUUUGCGACUUUUUCGUUACCAAUACGAUUUUCGCGAAAAAACGCGAGUUUUUCGUAGCCAUUACGGUUCGCUCGUAUCUUGUCGCGACUUUUUCGUAUUGAGCGCUCGUAAGCGGCGGCCGAAACUUUCAGACUUAGCAUGAUUUUGGAAGCCUCCCAUAGGACUCAAUGGCACCC